AUGAAGCUCCCUAUUUUUGUAGCAGAUGCAUUCACAGCAAAGGCAUUUCGUGGGAAUCCUGCUGCUGUUUGCCUCCUAGAAAAUAAAUUGGAUGAAGACGUGCAUCAAAAAAUUGCAAGGGAAAUGAACCUUUCUGAAACAGCUUUUAUCCGAAAACUGCACCCAACUGACAACUUUACACAAAGUUCCUGUUUUGGAUUAAGGUGGUUUACUCCAGCGAGUGAGGUACCUCUCUGUGGCCACGCUACCCUGGCUUCCGCAGCUGUGCUGUUUCACAAAAUAAAGAAUGUGAAUAGCACUUUGACCUUUGUCACGCUGAGUGGGGAGUUAAAGGCCAGAAGAGCAGAGGAUGGGAUCAUUCUGGACUUGCCUCUUUAUCCAGCUCACCCCCAGGAUUUCCUGGAAGUAGAAGACUUGAUAAAGACUGCUAUCGGUGACACUCUGGUCCAGGACAUCUGUUAUUCCCCAGAUACCCGAAAGCUCCUCGUCCGGCUCAGUGAUACCUAUGACAGGUCAUUUCUGGAGGACCUGAAAGUGAACACACAGAAUCUGCUGCAAGUUGAAAACACAGGGAAAGUGAAAGGACUGAUUCUUACCCUUAAAGGAGAGCCUGGGGGGCAGACCCCAGCAUUUGACUUUUACUCCAGAUAUUUUGCACCGUGGGUUGGUGUGGCUGAAGACCCUGUUACAGGGUCUGCACAUACUGUUCUCAGCAGCUACUGGUCCCAACAGCUGGGAAAGAAAGAGAUGCAUGCCUUUCAGUGUUCUUCCCGAGGAGGAGAGCUGGUGAUUUCAGUGCGUGCUGAUGGAAGAGUUGACAUCAGGGGUGGUGCUGCUAUUGUUUUAGAGGGUACGCUGACAGCCUAA